GACCCCCCCUGCGGGGAUAGCCUCGACUGUCGCUACCCCAUGGGCAAGCGCUUCGCCAAGGGGGUCUGCCAGUGCAAACUCAGCACCCAGGUGUGCGGCAGCGACGGCCGGACCUACGACAACAUCUGCCAGCUGAAGGCGGUGAGCCGCAAGGCGCUGCAGCACGGGCUGCCCGCCGUCGCCCAGGUCCAGAAGGGAGCCUGUGAAUCGGGUCACCUACAGUCCAGCAGCCCAAGAUACAAAUUCAACUUCAUAGCAGAUGUGGUGGAAAAGAUUGCACCUGCAGUUGUGCACAUUGAACUUUUCCUCAGGCACCCUCUCUUUGGUCGAAAUGUCCCACUUUCGAGUGGAUCUGGGUUUAUUAUGUCUGAUUCUGGUUUAAUUGUGACCAAUGCCCAUGUGGUGUCAAGCACCAAUGCUAUAUCAGGGAGACAACAAUUGAAAGUGCAGCUACAGAAUGGAGAUACCUAUGAAGCAACCAUCAGAGACAUUGACAAAAAAUCUGACAUUGCAACAAUUAAGAUUCACCCUAAGAAAAAACUACCAGUGUUGUUACUGGGACACUCUGCUGAUCUGAGGCCAGGAGAGUUUGUGGUGGCGAUUGGAAGUCCGUUUGCCUUACAGAACACUGUGACAACAGGGAUUGUCAGCACUGCUCAGCGAGACGGCAAAGAACUUGGCUUGCGGGACUCGGAUAUGGAUUAUGUUCAGACAGAUGCUAUUAUCAAUUACGGCAACUCUGGAGGACCUCUAGUUAAUCUGGAUGGUGAAGUGAUUGGGAUUAACACCUUGAAGGUCACAGCUGGAAUUUCUUUUGCUAUUCCUUCAGACCGCAUCACUCAGUUUCUCACAGAGUCGCAUGACAAACAAAGUAAAGAUGGGAAGAAACGUUUCAUUGGCAUCAGAAUGCUGACAAUAACACCUGCCUUGGUGGAAGAGCUGAAACACAGUAAUGCUGAUUUUCCUGAUGUCAGAAGUGGAAUUUAUGUACAUGAAGUUGUUCCAAACUCACCUUCUCAUAGAGGAGGGAUCCAAGAUGGAGAUAUUAUUGUUAAAGUCAAUGGGCGUCCUUUGAUGACUUCCAGUGACCUGCAAGAUGCUGUGAUGAAUGAAUCACCUCUACUACUUGAAGUUCGAAGAGGAAACGAUGACUUGCUAUUUAACAUUGAACCUGAAGUUGUAAUGUAAAUAGAAUUGAGGAAGCUCUCACCAUAAUUAAACUCACUUAUUCUGGAACACUAGAUACCUCCUUUACAGCUACAGUAAUUAUACUUCCUGUUGACUAAUGACAAGGUGGACUAACUUAAUUGCCUGAGCCAUUUCUGUACAUAGUAGCUAGAAUUAAUUCAAUUAUGCCAUUUAUAGAAAAUUUAACUUUCAAAUAAAUUUAAGAACUGUAUUCUGGGGAAAGGGAGAAGGAAAUCAAAUUUUGGGUAGCUAGUAGAAAUGGUGUCCACUUCCAGGACCUGCAGGCUCAGAGCAGAUUCAGUUCUGCAUUUUGAAAGACUGAAAUACUAUUGGAAGUGGGGAAGCAUGUUGAAAGGGGAAUUAUUCUUAAACUACAGUCAUGGUUGCAGCAGAACCAAGCUAUUGCAAUGCACAGUUGAGCUUUUUUUUGUUUGGUGUUACUUUUUUCAAUGUGAACCUAGUAUUGGCAAAGCUUGUAUUUGUUCUUAGUGCUUGUGUGCUAUGUGUCAAUGCAGGUAGAUCAAGUCUGUAAAUAUCGAAAGACACAAAAAUGGUAUCAGGCUAUAGAGUGUUACACCUAGGUCAUGCGAUUUUGGAAUAUAGUAAAUGAUUCUUAUAGAAUUAAUGCCUUAUUAUAUAUAAAUCAAAACGAUGUGCUGAACAAAGUUAAGUUUGAGAAAGUGCACAGUUUUUUAAGAAUUUGAUACAAAUUAGUUUUGCAUUUUACUGGUAAGCUUUGCUGUAAAAUUGUUAUACUACUUUUGGCUUGUACUGUGUAUGUUUCUACUGUAAGGAGAUUAAAGUUUACACAAAUAAUGUGUUGGU